AUGUUGACAUAUUAUAAAGAAAUUAAAGAGGAGGUAGACACCUUCAUAGUAGCGGGAUACGACACGUGCUCGCUAGUCUUAACUAACACACUUAUGUGUUUAGGAACCUAUCCAGAGGCCCAGGAACGAGUGCAUGAAGAUAUACAAACCGUCUUUGGAGAUACGGACAGAGAUGUUGAGAAGGAGGACUUGUCACAGUUGCUAUAUUCAGAGGCUGUUAUAAAAGAGACUCUGAGAUUGUAUCCACCCGGUGAUUUUUUAUUGAGAUACUGCGAUAAAGAAGUUCAGCUAAGUAAUUACAGAAUGCCAGCUAACAUACAUUUAAUUGUAAACACGUAUGGUAUGAAUCAAGACCCUGUGUGGGGACCGGACGCGGUACAUUUCCGACCUGAUCGAUGGUUGGUUCUUAAGCCUGAACAAAGUAACGCCUUCGGAUCCUUCAGCAUCGGAAAACGAAUAUGUCCAGGUGAAUGA